GUGGCGAGAACUAAUUUAGUGGCGCUGACCGCGCAGCCGAUUGGCGCGGACGCGCAAUUAUCGUUUGAGUUUUACGCCUUUGUUGAUAGUGUUGGUCGUUGCGGUGAUUAUGAUUUUAUAUUACGAUCGACACUUAGUUAGUAAUAUGUUUGGUUCGAAAUGGCUUUGUUCAGUUUCGAUCCUUUAUUUCGCAUAACCUGUUCACCCCCUCUCUUUAUGAUUGCCAACUGUUUUGGGUCGUAAGGACGAAGAGGUGUCGAGUCACCUCUAGAGCUCUUCCGUUCUUGACCUUGGCCGAGAUAGUGCCAUGUGUUUUUCUGUUGUGUGUGUGGGGGAAUAAACCGCAAGUGAGGCGGACGCAGGUUUGUCCAAACCUCCCCCACCCCGAGGGCACAACAAGUGGCGACGAGGCACCCGUCCUGUCAUGCCAGCCCAGUCCCUUCGCCCGUCGGGCCAGCCGAACCUGCCAGCCCUCACGCCGGUCAACCUGCCUCACCGUCCGGACCUGCCUCUCCGACUGGACCUGUUUCUCCGUCAGGAGAGCAGCCAGCCAUCCUGGGCUACCAACACCGGGUGACCAUCGACCCAGGGGUGGCGCCAGUGCGCCAGCCCCUGCGGAGGCUGCCCUUGGCAGUGCUGGACGAGGUGAGUGCCAGGCUCAAGGAGCUGGAGGAGCAAGGGAUAAUUGAGAAGGUCAGUGCAUCUACCUGGGUCUCUCCUCUUGUGGUGGGAAGGAAGCGGGAUAGGUCCAUCCGCCUGUGUGUAGACAUGAGGCGGGUCAACAAAGCUGUGAUUACGGAUGGCUACCCGCUCCCCAGGAUCGAAGAUGUCCUUGACCGCCUGAGUGGGUCUCAGGUCUUUUCCAGGCUGGACUUAAAGGAUGCAUAUCACCAGCUGGAGCUCCAUCCUGACAGCAGAGACCUAACGACUUUUAUAAGUCAUCAGGGACUCUACCGGUUCCGGCGCGUCAACUUCGGCCUCGCGAGCGCCGGGCCGUGCUUCCAGAGAGUGAUGGCGUCCAUGCUGGAGGGGGUGCCAGGCGUGGAGGUAUACCUGGACGACAUCCUGGUCCACGCGCCGUCCCAGGCCGAGCACGACGCCCGUCUGAGGGAAGUGCUGCGGCGUUUCGAUGCCCACAAGGUGCGGGUCAACUGGCCCAAGAGCGUGACGAAUCAGAGCGAGCUCUCCUUUCUGGGAUAUCUGGUCUCGUCAGCUGGUGUCCGCAUCGACCGGGAGCGGAUCAGGCCGUUAUUGGAGGCGGCCGAGCCGCGGGACGAAAAGAGCCUGCGCGCAUUCCUCGGUGCCGUAGGGUACCAUGCGCGGUUUCUGCCGCGGUUCUCGGACGCAGUAGAGCCGCUGAGGGCCGCGCUCCGGGCGGACCAGUUCGAGUGGACGGCGGCGCUGUCCAGCGCGGUCCGCCGCGUCAAGGACGCGAUAAGCGAAGCACCAGCACUGUGCAUGUUCAGCACGGAGCUACGAACGGUGCUCUCCACUGACGCCAGUGACGUCGGCUGCGGUGCGUGCGUGACGCAAAUGGACGCCUCGGGUCAGCCCAGGGUCAUUGCGUACGCCUCGAAGUCUUUCUCGGCGGCCGAACGCAACUACUCGGUAGUGGAGAAGGAGGCGCUGGCAUGUGUAUGGGCCGUCGAGAAGUUUCGCCACUACCUGUGGGGUCGGCGAUUCACCCUCCGAACCGAUCACCAAGCUCUCUGCACCAUUUUCGGUGUCAAGGGCUCCAACCGCGUCGGCCGGCGAGUCGCGAGGUGGGAGGCCCGGCUGCUGGAGUUUGCGUUCGACGUCGAGUACGUCAGGUCGGAGCGGAACGGAGUGGCGGACGGCCUGUCCCGUCUGCCGGUCGCCGAGACCUGGUGGCCUGAUGAUGAUUCUAUCCAGAUCGCGGCUCUGUCGUUAGCAGCAGCAGUCACGGAGGAGGAGCUGCGGGACGCCUCGGCGUCAGACGAGUGUCUGGACGUGAUCCGGGGGUACCUCGCCGGACGGUGGCCUCGCCAGAGGGAUGUCGAUCCUCGGGCGACUGGUUUUUACCAGGUGAGAGACGAACUGUCCCAGCUCGGACCGCUGCUUUUCCGCGGCGAGCGACUGGUUGUGCCGGCGGCGCUGCGUGAGCGCGUCCUGAGGAACGCCCACGAGGGUCACCAAGGUGAGACAAGGACCAAGCAGCGCCUGCGCGCGCAGUUCUGGUGGCCGCGGCUGGACAAGGAGGUACGUGACCUCCUGCGGAGCUGUGAGGUGUGCACGCAGCAUGACGGCCACGUGCGGCAGGAGCGGCCCCCUCUCCAGCCGAUUCCUCUUCCGGACGGUCCGUGGCAGCGCCUCAUGAUCGAUGUGAUUGGGCCCAUGCAGGGGCCCCAGCACGAGCGGUACGGCAUCGUCUUGUGCGACAUGUUCAGCAGGUGGCCAGAGGUGGCGCUGUGUCGGGACGCGACGGCGGCGUCUAUAAUCAGCUUCCUGGAGGCGGUGUUCAGCCGCGAGGGGUUGCCGUUGGAGCUGGUCUCCGACAACGGUCCAGCGUUCCGGUCUGCCCAACUCCGUAAUUUUUUGACCCGACUGGGGGUCAAGCAGACUUUCAGCUCACCAUACUCUCCGCAGUCCUGCGGCAUGGUGGAGCGUCUGAAUCGGACGGUAAAAGACGCCAUCCAGUCGGCCCGGCUGGCCCGGGAGCCGCGCUCGGAGUACUUGAGGCGGUUCCUCACUGAGUACCGGGCUACCCCGCACGCAGGUACGGGAGAGACGCCGUUCCGGCUGAUGCGGGGGCGGGAGGCACGGACGUUGCUGGACGUCGUGCCAGGUGAGGUUUCCUCGCCGGACACCGGCGGUGAGCUUCGUGCGCGACACGAAAAGUAUCAGGCGGCCUACAAAGCCAGAUAUGACCGGGGGUCGACCGGCGCCCCGCGCUGGCGCGUCGGCGACUGGGUUCGGGUCCGACAGCCGGUGAGUGGACGUGUGGAGGGCCAGAGGGCCGUGCAGAUCAGCCGGAGGACUGGCCCGGUAAGUUACCGGCUCACCAGCGGCGAGCGUGUCCACGCUAGACGCUUGGUGCCCGGCCGGCCAGAAGGUGAGGACGCGGCCGCGCCGCGGGGUGGUCCCGGCGGUGGUGCUUAUCCAGUUCCUGAGCCCCGCCCCACGCCAGUGCGCACCCGCUCCUCGGCACUCAGAAGUCCUGCUCACAGCCGCUGUCCAACCCCAAAGUGUACCGCCCCGGCGGGUGAGCCAGGGCCCCGCCGUAGCAGGCGGGGUCGCAGAGGCCCAGAUCGGUUCACUCCGGGCGAGUAGCGUUUAGGAUUGGGCUAUCAUCGUAAGUUACGUUUGAUAGCUGUGAGUGUAAUGGUUUCCGCGGAUAGUGGGAGGCUUAAGAAGCGGGAGUGUUUCCCAUUAAAGAGAGGGGUGGUGUUGUGGCGAGAACUAAUUUAGUGGCGCUGACCGCGCAGCCGAUUGGCGCGGACGCGCAAUUAUCGUUUGAGUUUUACGCCUUUGUUGAUAGUGUUGGUCGUUGCGGUGAUUAUGAUUUUAUAUUACGAUCGACACUUAGUUAGUAAUAUGUUUGGUUCGAAAUGGCUUUGUUCAGUUUCGAUCCUUUAUUUCGCAUAACCUGUUCACCCCCUCUCUUUAUGAUUGCCAACUGUUUUGGGUCGUAAGGACGAAGAGGUGUCGAGUCACCUCUAGAGCUCUUCCGUUCUUGACCUUGGCCGAGAUAGUGCCAUGUGUUUUUCUGUUGUGUGUGUGGGGGAAUAAACCGCAAGUGAGGCGGA